CAACCAGACCAGUGGAGUUACUGCCACGCCAAAUUACCCCAGCAACUACCCGAGCUGUAUGGACUGUCUCUGACGAUACAGCUUCCCCCUGCCAUGCUAAUCCCGCUUGCAUGCGAAAACAUCGCCAUAGAAAAAGAAGAGGGCUGUCCGUAUGAUUACAUGGAGAUACUGGAGGGCGAUGGUCUUAGCUCUACGGUCAUAGAAAGACAUUGUGGAGUUUUAAAUCGAUCUGUGACAGUCGAGCGAAACGGAAGUUUGAGCAUACGGUUCGUGUCCCACAAGGAUAAAGAAAAUAAAGGAUUCCGAUGUUCAUAUAACAUCGUCAGAGGUACCUCUUCGGUAGCAGUAGGAACACAGUUACACAGCUUGGUCCUAAAGACAAGUUCAUUUUCCUUUUCUUUGAAAACUGAUGUGUCUUCUAGUAGUGCCAAAAUAGAUACACUAAGCUUGACUCUGAGUAACAGUGGCUUAAAUACAGUUGCUGUUCAUUCUUCACAGCAGACUAUAUCUAUUACGACUCUUGCUAGUCCUUCUUCUUCCAGGAUAGAUAGCAGAAUCUUUCUGAUAACAGAAAUUGCAGGUUUGGUCACUCCCAUUUCCCAGGAAAUCCAAGCUACCGUGAGUUUAUUACUCCCUUUUCGGAAAGACAGCAAAACGCCUUUGAUAGGAGAGACUUACUGA